UUCAAUAUCCAAUCAAAUAGUUUAUCAAUAUGGCGGAUUCAUUGUGAAAAAAAAAAUAAAAUAAAGCAUUGGCUAAUGUUCAAAUCUACUUUUUGUUAAAUAAUUCGGAGUAAAAAAAUUAUAAUAAUGAGUGAUAAAAAUACUGAUGUUUCAUGGGCUUUGGAGCUCCUCGCACCUGAUCCUACUGUUGAACCAAAUCUUAUUGCUAAAUAUUUCCAUGAAAUUCAAUGUUCAAUAUUUGGAGCAGGAGUUCCUGCUUUAGGUAAUGCGCUUCUAAGGCGACCAAUUUAUGCAGGUGUACAAAACCUUAUUCUAGGUGCAAUAAUCGGAGGAGCUGUUGGACAUCUUUUGAGAAUUCGAGAAAAUGGUAUUCUUGCAACUCGAGAUGCGAUUUAUCGUGACUACAUUAUAAAUCAUCCUGAAGAUUUCCCACCCCCAGAACGUAAGAAAUUUGGAGAAGUAUUUUAUCCGUGGUUACCAAUGCGUUAGGACAUCAGUUUUUAGUUUAUAUAUUUAAUAAAAUAAUAAUAAUAAUAAUCUUAAAUUGGAUUAAAUCAAUUAUACCUUAUCUAAAUACGUGGAUAAAUGUAUACGCGUUCUGUAAAAUAUACUGUUGAUUUAAAGAUAUUGUAAACUUA